GGACGCGGCCCUAGUGGCUGCUCGCGGGGUGGCCCCCGCUCCGGCUCCGCCCCGUUUCCCGCACCUCGCCCCUCCCCCCCACUUCGUCCCGCAGCCCUGUGGCCGCGAAGCUGAGUUGGGCUCCCCUGUUCCAGACUUGUGCAGAGCCGGUGGAGAGGUUGGGCUUUUCAGUGGAAGCAGCAUCCCUGCAGUCUGGGACCUGGCGGAGGGCGUCUCCACUCUGGGGGAAGCAAAGGACCCGCCCUGACCUAGCCUGGCCCAGCCUGGUCCUGCCCGGCCUGAGCGCCCCGCCCAGGAGCUGACUCUGAGGCAGGGGCCACUGGGGUUCCAGAGCGUGGCCGCCAUGGACAAGAUCUUGGAGGCGGUGGUGACGUCAUCAUACCCCGCGAGCGUGAAGCAAGGGCUGGUGCGCCGCGUGCUGGAGGCGGCGCGGCAGCCGCUGGAGCGGGAGCAGUGCCUGGCGCUGCUGGCGCUGGGCACGCGCCUCUACGUGAGCGGCGCCGACGAGCUGCCCCGCCGCGUGGGCUGCCAGCUGCUGCACGUGGCCGGCCGCCACCACCCAGAAGUCUUCGCCGAAUUUUUCAGCGCGCGCCGCGUGCUGCGCCUGCUGCAGGGAGGCGCCGGGCCGCCGGGCGCCCGCGCGCUGGCCUGCGUGCAGCUCGGCCUGCAGCUGUUGCCUGAGGGGCCCUCGGCCGAUGAGGUGUUUGCGCUGCUGCGGCGCGAGGUGCUGCGCACCGUAUGUGAGCGCCCGGGGCCCGCGGCCUGUGCGCAGGUGGCGCGGCUGCUGGCGCGGCACCCGCGCUGCAUCCCCGACGGCCCUCACCGCCUGCUCUUCUGCCAGCAGCUUGUGCGCUGCCUCGGCCGCUUCCGCUGCCCGGCCGACGGCGAGGAGGGCGCCGUGGAGUUCCUGGAGCAGGCCCAGCAGGUGAGCGGGCUCCUGGCGCAGCUGUGGCGCGCGCAGCCCGCCGCCAUCCUGCCCUGCCUCAAGGAGCUGUUCGCCGUCAUCUCCUGCACAGAGGAGGAGCCACCAUCUAGCGCCCUGGCCAGUGUGGUCCAGCACCUCCCAUUGGAGCUCAUGGAUGGUGUCGUCCGGAACCUCAGCAAUGAUGACAGUGUGACCGACUCCCAGAUGCUGACUGCCAUCAGCAGGAUGAUCGACUGGGUGUCCUGGCCCCUGGGGAAGAACAUUGACAAGUGGAUCAUUGCACUGCUGAAGGGCCUGGCCGCUGUUAAGAAGUUCAGCAUCUUGAUCGAGGUGUCACUCGCCAAAAUUGAGAAGGUUUUCUCCAAGCUUCUGUAUCCCAUUGUCCGGGGAGCCGCCUUGUCUGUCCUCAAGUAUAUGCUCCUGACCUUCCAGCACUCCCAUGAGGCCUUCCACCUGCUCCUCCCUCACAUCCCCCCAAUGGUGGCCUCUCUGGUCAAGGAGGACUCCAACUCGGGGACCAGCUGCCUGGAGCAGCUGGCGGAGCUGGUCCACUGCAUGGUGUUCAGGUUCCCGGGCUUCCCGGAUCUGUACGAACCCGUCAUGGAGGCCAUCAAGGACCUCCAUGUUCCCAAUGAGGACCGAAUCAAGCAGCUGCUGGGGCAGGAUGCCUGGACCUCGCAGAAGAGUGAGCUGGCUGGCUUCUACCCCCGGCUCAUGGCCAAGUCAGACACUGGCAAGAUUGGUUUAAUCAAUCUGGGCAACACGUGCUAUGUGAACAGCAUCCUUCAGGCCUUGUUCAUGGCUUCCGAUUUCAGACACUGUGUCCUCCGUUUGACUGAGAACAACUCCCAGCCCUUGAUGACCAAGCUGCAGUGGCUCUUCGCCUUCCUGGAGCACAGCCAGCGGCCUGCCAUUUCUCCAGAGAACUUUCUAUCUGCAUCCUGGACACCCUGGUUCAGCCCUGGCACCCAGCAGGACUGUUCGGAGUACCUGAAGUACCUGCUGGAUCGGCUGCAUGAAGAAGAGAAAACUGGGACGAGGAUCUGCCAAAAGCUCAAGCAGUCCAGCUUGCCCUCCCCGCCCGAGGAGCCCCCUAGCCCGAGUCCAACCUCUGUGGAGAAGAUGUUCGGAGGCAAGAUUGUGACUCGGAUAUGCUGUCUCCGCUGCCUUAACAUCUCCACCAGGGAGGAGGCCUUCACGGACCUCUCUCUCGCCUUUCCCCCGCCCGAGCGCUGCCGCCGCCGCCGCCUGGGCUCAGUGAUGCUCCCUGCAGAGGACGUCGGCGCCCGGGACCUCCCUUCGCCAUCGCGAGCCCAGGCGCCAAGCAGGGCGGCUCCUCAGAGGCAGAGGAAACACUGCAUCACAGGGGACGUUCCCCCCACCGUCCUGAACAUUGAAGGUCUGGGCCCCCAGGGCCCCGGGGGGCAGAGCAGUCAGGAGGAGGCAGCAAAGGGGGAGGAAGAGAAGGAGGAGAAGGCGGAGAAGGUGGAAAAGGAGGAGGAGAAAGUGGAGGAGGAGGCCGAGAAGGAGGAGGAGGCCGAGAAGGAGAAGGAGGCCGAGAAGGAGAAGGAGGCCAAGAAGGAGAAAGAGGCCGAGAAGGAGGAGGACGGCCUGGGCCCAGGGACCCUCAGAAAUGCUUCUACCCCCUCUGGGGAGGGUUCCCGCUCGGUCCUGGACCUGGUCAACUACUUCCUGUCGCCCGAGAGGCUGACGGCAGAGAACCGCUACCGCUGCGAGUCGUGCGCCUCCCUGCAGGACGCCGAGAAGGUGGUGGAGCUGAGCCAGGGGCCGCGCUACCUCAUCCUGACCCUGCUGCGCUUCUCCUUCGACCUGCGCACCAUGCGGCGCCGCAAGAUCCUGGACGACGUCUCCAUCCCCCUGCUGCUGCGGCUGCCGCUGGCCGGGGGCCGGGGCCAGGCCUACGACCUCUGCAGCGUCGUGGUGCACUCCGGGGUGUCCUCGGAGAGCGGCCAUUACUACUGCUACGCCCGCGAGGGUGUGGCCCGCCCAGCCCCGAACGCGGGAGCGGCCGAGGGGCCGGAGCCCAACAACCAGUGGUACCUGUUCAACGACACCCGGGUGUCCUUCUCCUCCUUUGAGUCUGUCAGCAACAUCACCUCCUUCUUCCCCAAGGACACCGCCUACGUGCUCUUUUAUCGGCAGCGGCCCCGGGAGGGGCCUGAGCCCGAGCCCGGCUCUCCCCGAGCCCGGGCAGAGCCCACCCUCCACAAAGACUUGAUGGAAGCCAUUUCCAAAGACAACAUCCUUUUCCUGCAGGAGCAGGAGAAGGAGGCGCGGAGCAGGGCGGCCUACAUCUCUGCGCUCCCCACAUCUCCACACUGGGGGCGGGGCUUUGACGAAGACAAAGAUGAGGAUGAAGGCCCUCCGGGGGGCUGCAGCCCUGCAGGUGGCAGCGGUGGUGACUUCCACAGACUGGUCUUCUAAUGGGAACCCUCAUCCCCUGGCCUGCUAAGCACUUGUGCGGGUGCCACAGGCAACCUCAGUGGCGGGGGUGGGGCCCAGGUCCCGGGCAGAGGUGCUCGGCCAGGUGGGGUCUGAGGGAGGCUGCUCAGGUCCAGUCCUAAAGGCAGGCCCUUCUGAGGGCCGGCCAGAGAGAUGGAGCGGGGGCUUCUGGGCCCCUGCCCUCAGCCUGAAGGGCACACGGAGACUCACUCAGAUACAGAGGUGAGACCCAAGCCCCUUAAACCGGGCCUCCGGGCCCGACACUGGGAUCAGCCCCGUUAAGACUUACUGACGACAGACACCCAAGUGUCCUGGUCAGCUGGAAGCAGCUGAGAUGGACACUCUCUGGGCCUUGUCCCCUACCCCCUGCAGGCUAUCCCACAGGGCUGAACGUCACAGCGCUGGUGUUUUGCCAUCAAGUAGCAGUUCCUUCCCAGCUCCUUUCAGACAAUCAUCUUGUUUCUCUGUAGUAUACAAAGCAGAGGCGGAUCCAACCCUAGCACAAAGAAGGCGGCUGUGUGUCACCCCUCUGGCUGCCUUCUGGUGUCUCUGAGGGGCCUGAGGCAACGUCUGUGGGUGCCUACACUGUUUGUUUGUACUUUUUUUUGAGAGGCGUGUAGGUGGGAAGCAGCCUGGCACAGGACCAGAGCCUGUCCUCCCGACACCAAGCAACAACGCACAGCGGGGAGGACAGCCUCUUAAGCCUCUCUCCUGCCUCAGUGCCUGAGAUGCCACCAUUUGCAUCCCCCUUCUGGUUACGAGAGAGCGAGUCCUUAGUUUCCUGCAAGUAGGUUUGUUUGUUUGUGUUUCUCACGACGUCUGUCCUGAGGGAAGCUGGCUGGCUCAGCGCCUCAGCAGUUGGCCAUCAUCGUGGGGCCGGUCUGGGGAGGAGCAGAUAGUGACCUCAUUGUGCCCUGACACUGCUGUACCCCUUCUAAGUGAAGAGAAGAGAACCAGGGUCUCCAACAGGAAUAAAACUAGGUUCUCGGAAGCCUUGAAA